UAUUUAUACAUCAAACGCAAGCAAACAGUUAUCAGCAAAAAAUUCCCCUUCAAAACACAUUUUGUUUUGAUGAUCAGAAACAGAUCUCUUAAUGCCAACAAAGAUACUAAUUUAAAAAAAUAAGACGCAAUUUCUAUCGACUGAUCUAUUCAUUAAGUGAACGUCUAAUAGAAAGGAGCAGUUUUAAAAAUGUGGACAAAAUUAUUACUACCCAUCAUCAUACUAUGGAUGGCCUCAUCAGCUAAUUCAGUUGAAGUUGCCUGCGAAUGGAAGUAUGGAUCAAUGUGCGUCAUUUCUAAUCUACCUCCAGUUACUUCGCCAAGUGAACCAAUUACAAUCGCUGGAAAGGCAGCAAAUUACAUCGAUACUUUAACUUCCUUUGUCUUUUUCAACGCGACUGUCUUGAGAUACGUUCCAACGAAAGUUUUCACCACUUUUACCAACAUCGUCCAAUUUGCCAUGCUGAAUACUUUCACCACAAAUUUAGUCACAGAUGCAUUUGUGAAUUGUGGAAAAUUGACGAUGUUAGCCAUUCAAGCUGUAAAUAUUCCAAAUGUUCCUGCUGGAUUUGCUCAGUCAUGUUCAAAUGUAGGAACUUUGAUGUUGAUUAGUGAUGGCAUUCAAACAAUUGAUGUUAACGCUUUUAAGGGCUUGUCAAAAUUGAAAAUUUUAAUGAUGGCAGACAACAAACUUACUUGCAUACCACCAGAUUUAUUUCAGAAUACGCCAUUAAUUUCUGAGAUUGACUUUUCGAAAAGUCAAAUUCUAGCAGUUGACAGUGGACUUUUCAGGAAUCUUCCCUACCUUCAUGUUAUAAAUUUGAGUAAUAACAUGCUUUCAUAUUUGCCACUGUUUGAUUUAACUGGAUCUGCAGCUUUGAACGGAAAUCUUGCAUUUUAUCUCGCUGGAAAUCCAGUCAACGCUAUCCAGCCUACAUUUUGUAAACUUUUCGAUUCAAGACCAGCUAAUAUUGUUGACAUGUUUGAUGUCCCAGGAUUCAAAUGCCUCCCAAAUACAGCACAAACAGUUACAAUUUUAAAGUCGAACUGUCAAACAACCAUGGCAACCUAUCUUCAGAAGUGCUAUGCAAAUUGGACUAUUACUAUGUCUUUCCCAGUGCCAUGUGCAUCAUCACCAUGUGCUCUAUUUUUGUGGCAGCAGUUUUUGAAUUACUUAAAAACAAUAACUUAAAGUUGAAGCAAGAAUUUGGCUAAAUUUUUAUCAACAUUCAAAUUUUUUUUUUAAAUUUUUAAAAAUCUAUAAACAAUAAAAUUGUUCUAUAUUCAACAUUAGCUAUCAAUUUACAGAUCAUUUGGUCAUAAGGCUUUGAGGUUAAAGCUUAAAUAAAUUAAAUUAAAUUGAAACUCG